AAUGUGCAACACAGCGCGCUAUGAGCAACAGCAAAAAGAGCUGCACUUCCUCGUUGACUGGAUACACUCGCCACACACACACACACACGAACAAACAAGACUGCAUUGUUUUGAUUGCAUUUUACACUGGUCACUGUAUCUGGAAAGUAGGCUACAAAAGGCUUGUGAACAUACAAUAUUGAAUAGGAUAAUUUUUCCAUAUCGAAAAGGAUUGUAAUUUACACUGUUGCUGUGUUAAGAAGCCGCCGAUCAAUUCAACAGAUUCCUGAUGUGUGACCUCAGCAUGGACCAAGUGGCCCCCCUGUCGACUAGCUACCGCUCCAGCCUCAAGCGGCAGGCAGCCUUUGACCUGUUUGAAGAUCCCAUGUCUCUGUUCUCUGGAUACUUCCUCCCCUCAGACGAUGACCAGUCUCUUCAGGAGGUGCCCUCUGGCCUCAACUGUUUCUCACACGACAUGGGCCCCUGCUCUGUUCCCCUGUUGACCCCUUGCAGUAAGGCAGUGAUGAGUCAGGCCCUGAAGGACAGUUUCAGUGGCUUCUCCAAGGUCCAACGUUGCUAUGGCAUCUCCAACAACCCUCGUAAGUGGACUAAGCAGCAUGUGAUGCAGUGGCUGCACUGGGCGGCCAGUGAGUUCAGCCUGGCCAACGUCCAUUUCUUUAAGUUUGACAUGAACGGCCAGGAGCUGUAUGACCUGGGUAAGGAGAGCUUCCUGGACCUGGCUCCAGACUUUGUGGGCGACAUUCUGUGGGAGCACCUGGACCAGAUGAUGAAAGAGUGUCAAGAGAAAGAAGAAUCCAUAAGCCUCAGCAGUGUUGUGCCCUCCGUAACUAACUGGAUGAGCUCUAGCGGCUUUAGUCUGGAGGAGACCCAGUGUGCCCUGCAGGUGCCUGACAACAACGACAGUCUGCUUAGAGAGCUGUUUGAGACCUCAGACAAGACCGCCCUGCUGACUCCAGAUCAGGAGUUCUCCAUGUUCUCCAAGCCCCAGCUGAGCACGGUCAACGUCAGCUACGUUAGGAGCAACCCAGGCACAGGGCAGCUCUCCAAAGCCUUCUUGUCCCAGGACCAGAGUUUGUGUUCGUUGGAGAGUGUGGAUAGCAUCGAGGGGCCAGAGUCCAUGCUGCACUCCUGGGGCAGCCAAUCCUCCCUGGCGGACAACCAGAGGGUGCCGUCCCACGACAGCUUUGAGGACGAGUACAACAGCAGCCCACUGAGUCUGGAGAAGCAGGGCCUGUCCUUCAAGGACUACGUCCAGGAGAGGAACGAGCCUGUGGAAUUGGGAAAGCCUGUCAUAGCUGCUGCAGUGCUGGCUGGCUUUACUGGAAGUGGUCCUAUCCAGCUGUGGCAGUUCCUGCUGGAGCUCCUGACUGAUAAGAGUUGUCAGGCCAUCAUCAGCUGGACCGGAGACGGCUGGGAGUUCAAACUCACCGACCCAGAUGAGGUGGCUAGACGCUGGGGACGCAGGAAGAACAAACCCAAGAUGAAUUACGAGAAGCUGAGCCGUGGCCUGCGAUACUAUUAUGACAAGAACAUAAUCCACAAGACAUCGGGCAAACGCUACGUCUACCGCUUCGUCUGCGACCUGCAGAACCUUCUGGGCUACUCGGCCGAAGAGCUCCACAUUAUGCUGGGGGUCCAGCCUGACACUGAGGAUUGAACCAAUUGCCGUUUUAUCGAAAGGGAAGGGGUUGGAGAUGGAGUCAAUGGGGCUUCACUACCCCAACCUAGCAAAAGUUGCUGAUGGUACAGGCCACCUGAAGGUCAUUUCUGGUCAUUAAACAGGUGGCACUGAGUGAUGUGCACUGACAGUCGCUACACUGGUGGACAGGCAGCGAACAUCUCUAAUUUGGAGCAGCCGCUCCUGUCUUGGCUCUUGUGCCAUCAAUGUGCAUUGUUGUGCAAGCUUUUGGUUGAGAGGGGUGCCAGUAUUUAAAUCAAGCGUUCCCUCUAGGUGAAAGUGUUGUUCUGCAAAUUGUAAUGGAUCAGAUCACCAUCUGCAAAGUGGAAAGCUGUCGAUUGCACAGAUGAUAAUUGCGAUCAAUGUAACAUAGCAGAUUUUUUAAUUCAAGCCUGAUACUCAGCAAGUGUGGUGUUUACAGAGUCUGAAUAGUGGACAUUUUUACAUACUGUGAAUGAUCUUGGGGUUACCAAGUGAGAAUGCUUUUGAGGUGGCGGCUCCAGCACCAUAAGGUUAGGCACCACACCCUCAUGGCGUAGUUUUCACAAUCAACUUUUACCAGUUGAAUGUAGACACAUGUAAUCCUUUUUUGUAUUACAAGUAUUCCGAAAUAUUUGAUUAAAUUAUACAAACGAGGCAAUAUCUCAUAUAUCUCAUAUUUCCAUAUCGCGCAAAUCCAUUUUUCUGGACACUGGAUAAAGUCAGUUUAAAUAUUUUGGUUUCCUUUUGUUAAGACACUCCAGAACCGGACUUGUCCAGAGCAGGUUGUAGAUAAAUGCUUUUAAAAAAUCUUUCUAUCUGUAAAAUACUGAAGACAUCCAUUUGGUGCAUUUUCCUGAUUUAUUUUUUAUCGAAAAUACAAAAUUGACAACAUAUCAACAAUUCCCUCUGGGCAAGUCUGGAGAAUAUAUCUAAGGAUAACCAAACAAAAUUUGGUAAAUGCAGAUGCUUCUGAAGCUGGUGUGUGGGAAGAGUCUGACUUGCCCAGAGGGAAAAUGGCAGCUAAAGACAAGUACACUGAAUUUAGACUACCAAAUGCAAAUGCCUAUUUAGACAAAAUCACUAUCUCUUCAGAGUAAGUUACUAACUAAAUAUAGUCCAGUUUGUAACAUUCUCUAUGAAAUGUGAUUUUAAAUCAUGUUUAAUUUAAUGUAGUGAGCUUUGAAAUGAUUGCUGUAUGUCCAUUUUAAAGUGGUUGAAAUUCAUUAAAAUGUUGAUGAGAAACUAAAGAAAAUACACAUUUUCAUCAAGAUUUUUACAUUUUAUGUUUACUUUUUGAAAAUAUUAAUGGACCAAAAUAGCAACAAAUCUCAAAAUUGAUAGGUAGAUGAAAAAUGGUGCCUGGAGUUUUGAUGGAGAAUGUAUUUUUUUCUUGAUUUUAUGGAAUAGCUAAGAUUGCCUUUACUGUUGUGCUUCGUAAUGCAUUGUCCUGCUGACCAGCUUGCAGCUCAACUGGAAUACCAGUCAUUGUGGUUACUGUAUUUUAACUCUAUCGAAAAGGUCCCAUAGUCCCAUAGGGUGGCGCACAAUUGGCCCAGCGUCAUCUGGGUUUGGCCGGGGUAGGCCGUCAUUGUAAAUUAGAAUUUGUUCUUAACUGACUUGCCUAGUUAAAUAAAGGUUAAAUAAAUAUUCUAUGAAUAUGCAUAUAAGGUUGAAUGUAAUGGUGUAGCAGCUAUCGUAAUUAUGUUUUGUUGUAUGUCUAUCAAGGGAUCUGUUUGUGCCUCGAUUAUUGUUUAUUUCUUUUUCUGUGGCCAAAGCGACAUGUACACUGCCUUCAAAGUAUUCACACCCCUUGACUUUUUCCACAUUUUGUUGUUAUAGCCUGAAUUUAAAAUGGAUAACAUUGAGUUUUCUUUGUCACUGGCCUACACCCAAUACCCCAUAUUGUCAAAGUGGAAUGAUGUUUUUUCAAAACAUUUACAAAUGAAUAAAAAUGUCAAAUCUGAAA